AUGGAACUUCUAGAUCUUCCAACGGAGCUCCUUCACAAAAUACUAGUUUAUACAGUUCUACUUCGCCAUGUGAAGAGAUCAUUGAGACUUAGACUGGUGUGUAAGCUAUUCUCACAUGCAGUGAAACCUGCUCUCUUUGAGUCGCGGCUACUUGACCGAUUUCAUACCAUGAAUAGUGGUCACAAUAUCACAGGCUUGCGUUUCGAUAAUAGGCACACCGCUGAAGAGUUCUGGCAUUCGUACCUUGUUUACCGGGUCCGGAAUGAAACCGACCCUACUGUCGCCCAUUAUGUAGACAUCCGUCAGACUGCCGAAGCUGUUUGCAGGGAAAUGGGAGCCGAUUUACUACCUACUAUUGAUACUGUAUGCUGGCUAGCCCUAGAGCAUUCGUUGAGCUGCCGCAAUCGCCGCCAUUACUGGGAGCCACGCGACCCACGGCCUGGGGACUGUGCAGGAUCAAACCCUGGAGACAAUCUUCUCUCCACUGCCGCCUAUUUUAACCUCAUCCCUCUGGCUAAACAGCUGUUACUAGAAGGCCACUGCCCAACCAGCCGCGGUGCCUCCCCGACCGAUGAUGACAGGCUCUUUCCGCCGCCGAUGCAGCUUGCUGCGUUGGCGGGAAACACUGAGAUGCUUGAGCUCUUCCAGCAGCAUAUCCCCGAGAAUGAAGAGCUCCCUACUAAAUAUGGGUCGAACUGGCAUGGAAAGAUUGCGGCAUGUUCACUUAUUGGGGCUGUUCGUCGAGCAGAUAUGGAGAUUCUAAAGCUUGCGCUAUAUCCUCCAUCGCGCUCAACGCCAAACAGCACUGACUUACAAGGCCAGCCAUUUGGGCAUGUUGAUCCAUCCUCGUCAGUUGGUCGGAUGAUGAUUGCUGCCAGGUACCGUGCCAGAUCUCCUGAGGUCCACGCGUAUCUCCUAGAGUGCUUAGGGGGAGAGAUUAAGCUCCAAGACUUGAGUGACGAUCUAGAGAAACACGCUGGGGCCGGAAAUCUGACCAUGGUCCGUUAUCUUCUUGACAUGGGCGUGCCUAUGACCACUCCACGAGGGUACGAAGGGUGCAGAGGAUUAACUAGUGCACUAGUUGCAGCUUGUUACAGGUGCCAUGAAGAUGUGGUUGACCUUCUACUCGAACGAGGCGCUGACCCCAAUUUCGGAUACGAGAAGCCUGUCGGGAUGGAGGUGGAGUUAACACCGCUUACUAUAGCGGCUGCUUCUGGGAGCCUGACAAUUGUCCGAAAGCUUCUUGACCACGGUGCUCAUAUAGACGUACCCGCCGAGGACUACAUGACAAGACUGCCAGCGCUUUACUGGGCAAUAGCUAUUGAGCAUACUGCUAUGGUACAACUACUAUUAGAAAGGGGCGCCUCUCUAGAGGGCAAGAAGAUAGAGGCUGCUUUAGAAUUGGCCGAGGAGCUUGAUCUAGACUCAAUGGCUGAGAUCUUACGAGGGCUUGGGGUCACAAUCAAACUACGUAUAAAGAGUGUAGCCCCUUGGUUGGUAUGGGCAGUAUAUCCUAGGCCUAUUGGAGACGGAUUACGAGUAUACUAGGAAUACUACUGUCUAGAAACAUCAGGGGGAGAUAAAAGGGAAGAACAUGUUAGAGGGUUGCCGGGUAUAAUUAUUGGCGAGGGAAGUGAUUACGCAUAUCAAGGACCAAGGCCAUUGCCGAUGAUAUGGACGUCUACUCACCGUGGCAAAGAGAUUCUCCUCUAGCCUUCAAGGGACCAUUUCCAGCCUCUUUUCCCUUAAUUUCUAUUAUGUAUUACAGAUAAUGCUCUGAUGUUAGUUUCCCGGUCUACUGGGCAACCCUCACUAGCAUGUGUUCAUGUCCUAAUGUUCAAGUACAUCCCUACAGGCAACCCCUCCAUCUCUUUGUUCCUUGUCUCCCCCGUUAUCUAUAACUAUACGACUACAUGACGGU